UUCUGCUAUUCGCAGUACGGAGUUCAACUCAAAGAAAACGCGGGAGACAGCGAUUGGUCAAACCUUGUUUGUGUUAUCAAAAUUAGAUAUUUUUUUAAACCUACAAUGGAGGAUUCUAGUGUCAGUUGUGCUGAGCAUUUAGCACAGUACUUUUCUGAAAAAGAUAACUCCGAAAAUGUUGUGUUAUCUUCUGUUGUUCCCGAAAUUUGUAAAACUGAGAAAUGUUGUUUGGGUGUCGACGAAGCCGGCCGAGGUCCUGUUCUAGGUCCUAUGGUGUAUGGUGUGGCGUACUGCCCUCUUGAUAAGUCAGACGCCCUUAAGAAAUUGGGCUGUGCCGACUCCAAGGUUUUAACAGAAGAGAAACGGGAAGAACUUUUUGGAAAAUUAUGUGAAGGGAAAGAUUAUGUCGGUUGGUCUGUGGAAGUUAUUGCUCCCAAUAGCAUUUGUAAUAGUAUGUUACGAAGGCAAAAGUACUCGCUCAACCAGGUAUCACAUGACUCAGCGAUAGGCCUCAUCAAAAAAGCUGUCGAAGCUGGUGUGAACAUUUCUGAGGUGUAUGUGGACACUGUGGGUCCAGCAGACAAAUAUCAGGAAAAGUUGUCUAAGAUAUUUCCAGACUUCAAAAUUACUGUUGCUAGCAAAGCGGACGCUACCUAUCCCUGCGUUAGUGCUGCUAGUAUAUGUGCUAAAGUGUCUCGAGAUAGAGCAUUGCAGGUCUGGAAAUUUGAAGAUGGCAUUGACAAGCCUGCUGAAGGAUGGGGCAGUGGAUAUCCAAAUGAUCCAGUGACAAAGAAAUUCCUUCAGCAAAAUAUUGAUCCUAUUUUUGGAUUCCCUCAUAUGGUGAGGAUGAGUUGGUCGACAGCAGAUAAAAUUUUAGAAAGUUCAGCCACAACUGUGGAAUGGGAGGAAGAAGAUGAAGAAGCAUCACCUGGUACUCCAUCAAUCACAUCGUUUUUUGGUUCUUCCAAGACAAAGAAAAGCAGGACUCAACAUCCUUUCUUUAAGGAAAGAAACUUGGCACCAACUGCUUCACUUAAUUGAGGAACAUAUUUGUGCCUCUUAAUGUUAUUUGUGACAUAUAAUCUUUCUUCCGUAAUAAAUUUCGUGUCAGUAUCAA